UUGUUGUGUUUUCGCACGCGAAGCUUGUUUUGUUGUUUACAAUCGCAUCCGAUUUUCGUACUUUUUAUUUUACACGAUUUUAAACACCAUUCCCGAUGACCACCAGCAAUGAGAUUGAUUUCGAUAGCCCCUUCGUGAAGAAGGAACAGUGUUGCAAAAUUUGUGGCGAAACCGAGGGGCCGAUGGAAUCGAUUUUUUGCAAAGCGGACGACACUGCCAUGCUGAACAAAAUCUACAAAUGCACCCGGGUGGAGGUGACACCGGUUUGUGGCUUGAUUUCCCCAGUCUGUGAGCACUGCCAUCGACGGAUCGAUGCGUUCGAUGAGAAUGCACCGCCAAAGGUGAUAGAGUACGUGAUCAAGACCGAUCUGGACCCGGAACCGCUCGACUAUGAUCCGCUGAAUGUAGGCGACAUUUCCGAUCCGAUGGGUGAUGAUGUCAAAUCUGAAGAUGAUUCGGAAGAACCAGCAUGUAUUUACGUGACGAAAAUUGUCAAACGUAGAGGAAGACGGAAAGCCAGCGACGAGCCAGUUCGAAGCAGAGCUGCACGACGGCCAGGUCGACCGAAACUAAAGGUUGAACCUAAGAAACCUCGAAAGAGUUCUAGUAGCUUACGCGAAGAAAAAACUUCCUUGGACGAGGGAAGCUCUUGCGAAAAUGAAGCGGAUCAUUUGGGCGAACGACCGUCAUCAGAAAAAGAGCGUUCCUCUUCCCAGGACGAGGACAAUUCCAAAUUCACCGAUCUUGAUUCAGAUCUCGAUGACGAUGAAGCACUUGACCACGAGGAGGGGGAGGAGGAAGAAUCCGCUCUGGAUGAGGAAGUGGAUGAGCACACCAACUCCGAGGAAGAGCCCCGCAAACGUGGACGCCCAAAACGUACCGCCCGGGGAGCAACGUCAAAAAGCCCAAAGCAGUGCGAAGUGUGCGGCAAGCAGGUGAAGUAUAUGGCGGAACACAUGCGGCAGCAUCUGAUCGAAUCGCAGCAUCCCUGCCCACACUGCGACCGGACGUUCGUGCAGGCCAACAAUCUCCGCUACCACAUACGGAAGCAUCUCGGCGAGAAACCGUACGCGUGCAAGCAGUGCAAAAAGCGAUUCUACUGCGAGGCACACCUCAAGUCGCAUAUGCGUGUGCACGGACCGCAGGGCCUGUUCCAGUGUACCGUCUGCUCGAAAAGCUUCAACCAGGAGUGCAACCUGAAGAAGCAUUUGCGUGUGCACACGGGCGAAAAGCCGUACGUGUGUGAUAAGUGCGGGAAGCGCUUCAACAGCACGUCCAAUCUGCGCAACCACGCCCGGCUGCACACGGAGGAGCGGCCGCUGACGUGCGAUCACUGUGCGAAAAGCUUCGUCGAUGUGCAUCAUCUGCAGCGGCACAUUCGUGUCCAUACGGGUGAACGACCGUACAUUUGUCACGUGUGCUUUCAAGCAUUCUACUGCCAGACCGGGCUGAUGGAGCAUCUGAAAACGCACAUCGAGAAGAAGAACAUUAAAUUAGAUUAAAAUUGUUUUUUUUUAUGAAAGCCCGGUGCCAAUCAUGCAAUGAUAAGCUUUGCUUUAAGCAGCCCUAUUGCCUAGUUUGUUGGUGUGCAAUUAAGUUUUAAAAAGUACGUUAAUAAGAAAUCAAAGACGUGAUGG